UGCGAGCAGCGGAAAAGGCGAACUACCACCAGCAGCACCAUGAGCGUGGAAACGGUCAUUCCACCAGCAAGCGGUCAUCCUCAGCCAGCGGAUUCAUUGAAGCAAAUGAAUGGAAUAGUCGAUCGCCCAAAUGGUGUAAGCAAUGGUCAUGCGGUUAGUGGUGGCAGCGGCGGCGGUGGAGAAAAUGGCAAUCGCCACAAGAGCCACAAGAGCUCGAGUAAGGACAAGCAUCGGGACAAAGAUCGCGAUCAUCAUCGGUCGGACAAGGACAAGCAUCGCGAGAAGGACAGGCACCGGGAGAAGGAUCGCGAACGGGAGAAGGAUAAGCAGCGCGACCGAGAGCGAGACAAGCAAAAGAGCAGCAGCGGCAGCGGUGGUCAUUCCUCAAAGAGUGGAGGAAGUUCGUCCAAGGACAAGGACAAAGAGAAGCACGGUAGUUCCGGUAGCAGUAGUACCAACAAGGACAAGGAAAAGUCUCACCACACCAGUUCGUCCUCGCACAAGAGCUCGAAAAGUGACAAGGACCGCUCGAAAGACAAGGAACGGGACAAAGAUAAACAUCGUAGCCGUGAGGAUGGGAAAGACCGCAGUGAUCGUGAUAAGAAGGAUCGAGACAAGAGCAGCCGAAGCGAUAAGGAUAAGCACAAAUCAUCAUCGUCCACGUCCGGCAGCAAGGAUAAGGACCGCGACAAGCACAAAAGCAGCAGUGGCGGCGGUAGUUCGAGCCGCGACAAGGACAAACAUUCCAGCAGCGGUAGUUCGAAACGGGAUAAGGACAAACACACGUCGUCAUCCUCCUCGUCAAGGCACCGGAGGGAGGAGGGGAAAGAUGAAGGAGGUGUUGUUUCCGCAGUCGUGGCUGCCGUAAAGCCGGAGCCGAUCGACGAUGCAGAUGGGCUUCCAAGAGAGUUCCUGAAUGGUGAUGGUCACGUGAAGGUGGAACACGAUGUGUCACAGGAGUGUCGGGGGACCAAACCGCACGAUCCGCUUGAUAUGUCGCAGGCCAGUUCGUGCGACUACUCUUUGUCACAAUUUCGGGCGGACGAAACACCGUUCCCACUGAAAAAUGAAUCGAUGGACCACAAUCAGUCGAAUCAACGAGAAGACUACCGAGAAGGGGAUGAUUAUGAGGAUGGCGACGAGGAGGGUGGUGACAGUGGUGGCGACAACGACGACGAGGAGUAUGGCAAUGAAAAUGGCCACGACCAGCAACCGCAGCAGCAGCAGCUUCAUUAUCAACAGCAACAGCAACAGCACCAGCAAGCAUAUUACGGUGGAAUGCAAGAUCAGUAUCAACAGCAUCAUCAACAGCUUCAAAUCAAGGAGGAACCGCGGGAUGAGAUCAAACAGGAGCCUCAAUCGGAACAAUCCGAAGAUGAUAUUCCAUUGUCAAAGCGCAAGAAGAAGGAAGCCGACGACGGUAACGACGAGGGCAACAAAAAGAAGAUCAAAACGGAAAAGAAGGACAAGAAAAAGCUUAAAAAACGUUCGUGCGAUUCAAAUGAAGACGGCGAUGAGGACGACUAUGGCAAAAAGAAAUCCAAAAAGGCAAAACUCAAGAAAGAGCCGUUGGCGCAACAAACUGCGAAAAAGACGAAGGUGGCCGUGAAGACGGAAGUGAAAACGGAACCUAGCCCAACGAAGGGUGGCCGCAAAAAGAAAGAAGAAGAGGAACAAGAAGUGUGGAAAUGGUGGGAGGAAGAAAAGCGCCAGGAUAAUGGUAAGUGGACAUUCCUUGAACAUAAGGGUCCUGUAUUUGCUCCGCCGUACGAUCCGUUACCGGGUAACGUCAGGUUCGAGUACGAUGGCCGAGAGAUGAAGCUGUCUAAGAAUGCAGAAGAGGUGGCCGGUUUCUAUGCGCGAAUGCUAGAUCACGACUAUACCUCGAAGGCGGCCUUCAAUGAAAACUUUUUCAAAGAUUGGCGCAAAACUAUGACCGAAUCCGAGCGUUCCCGAAUCACGGAUUUAAGUAAAUGCAACUUUCGGUCGAUGGCAGCCCACUUCGCGCAGCAGGCUGAACAGAACCGCAACCGAACCAAGGAGGAGAAAGUGGCCCUGAAGGAAGAAAAUGAGAAACUCAUGAAAGAGUACGGCGUUUGCGUGAUCGAUGGGCACAAGGAGAAGAUCGGUAACUUUAAAAUCGAACCACCCGGUUUGUUCCGUGGACGCGGCGAGCAUCCGAAGAUGGGGCUUGUGAAGCGACGAGUCAUGCCCGAGGACGUUAUUAUUAACUGCUCGAAAGACAGCAAAGCUCCCGUGGCGCCCGUCGGCCACCGCUGGAAGGAGGUACGGCACGACAAUUCGGUUUCGUGGUUGGCCUCGUGGACAGAGAACGUGCAGGGGCAGGUAAAGUACAUUAUGCUUAACCCGAGCUCGAAGCUCAAGGGCGAGAAGGAUUGGCAAAAGUACGAAACUGCACGCCAACUGCUGAAGCACAUCGAUAAGAUACGCGCCACGUAUCAAGACGAAUGGAAAAGCAAGGAAAUGCGCAUGCGCCAACGGGCUGUGGCAAUGUACUUCAUCGACAAGCUGGCACUGAGGGCGGGCAACGAGAAGGAUGACGACCAGGCGGAUACUGUCGGCUGCUGCUCGCUGCGCGUUGAACAUAUCGAGCUGUACAAGGAGCGGUAUGGCAAGGAGAACGUGGUGGUGUUUGACUUUCUCGGCAAGGACUCGAUCCGUUACUACAAUGAAGUGGAAGUAGAGAAACGUGUCUUCAAAAACUUGGAACUGUUCAAGGAGAACAAGAAAACGGGCGACGAUCUGUUUGACCGCCUGAAUACGUCCGUGUUGAAUGAAUACUUGAAAAGUUUAAUGAUCGGACUCACUGCCAAAGUGUUCCGUACCUUCAACGCAUCGUUCACGCUGCAGAAGCAGCUGGAGGAGCUUACCGAUCCGUUUAGUUCGGUGCCGGAAAAGCUGCUUUCAUACAACCGGGCGAACCGGGCCGUAGCUAUUCUGUGUAACCAUCAGCGCGCCGUUCCGAAGACACACGAAAAGAGUAUGGGCAAUCUAAAGGAAAAGAUACGCGUCAAACGGGAGCAGAUUGAUCAGUGUCAGAAGGAGGUGAAGGAUCUCAAAAAGAGUAACGUGCGCGAUGCUGGCGCCAUGGACAAGAAGACUAAGCAACUGGAACGGCUGAAGGAGCAACUCAAGAAGCUCGAACUACAAGAAACGGACAGAGAUGAAAAUAAAACUAUUGCCCUCGGUACGUCGAAGUUGAACUACUUGGAUCCCCGUAUUUCCGUUGCAUGGUGCAAAAGGUUUGGUGUUCCCAUAGAGAAAAUUUUCAACAAAACGCAGCGUGAUAAAUUCCGAUGGGCUAUCGACAUGGCCGAUGAAACGUACGUGUUUUAGAGAAACAACCGAUCGUGAGAGCUAUCGGUGAGUCGAUGAGCCGCCCUAAAUUGAUCCGUUCCAUGCUCGGGAACACAAGCGCGGAAUUGCAGUGUGGGAGAGCUAUGUUCCCAGUGUGUACAGGGCGAGUAGAUGAGCCAAAUUACGGCCUUGUAUGUGCCGACCACAACGAUACAUAAACGCGUCGCCGAUUAUCUUGCGAAUUAAGAUAUGACUAGUCGCGUUUUAACGUUCGUUUGGUUCGAAAAGUGAUUAUCUCGAGACGGUACGCUACACUUAACCCUCCCCCCCAAGCAUAGCACUUUUCGGGCGCUCAUUCAGCUCAAGUGUUUUGGGUACUCUGCACCGUACGAGAAGGCAGUAAAACGCACACAGCCUAAUGCUAGUGAUAAGACAAAAUUAAAACUAGUUUUAUGGUCGAUGAUGAUAAAGUAGAGGAACAAUGCAGACGGGAGGUCUAGAAGAAUGAAGAAAUCACCCUGAAACCUUCCCGGGUGACCUCUUCUUUCUGGGCGCGACAAUGCAUGGGCGAGAAACGAUAGUUGUGAACGAACCAUUGUUUUCUUCUUUUAGUUUUAAGGCACACGCAAGAGAUAUGCGAAGGACAACAACAUUUAAUUUAUUUUAGUAAAAUUCCACCAAUCAAAUGGAGAAGAUGCUCGAGACUAUCUAUCGCUGCCGCCGGUGAACCAAUCCCGCAGUGCAGCGACUAGAAGAAUGCUAUCGGCGGUGCUGCAAUUUUAUUCCUCUUCCUUCCGAGGGAAAGAAGGUAAAGUAAACUUUCUUGCUUUCCCUCUGCUCUCCGCCAUUCGUGUAAAGCUCCAUAAACUUCUUACCAGCUUCAUGGAGAAGAGAAGAGACGUAGCCUUAGACGGUUGUAUAGGUAACAGUUUUUUUUAUUUAGCAACAAACAAAAUCCGAUUUAGCGAAAUAUGAAUCACGUACAAUCGAUUUGAAGGCAAAAAAAAGAAAAACCAAUUGUAAAGUCAGAUUUAGUUAGUUAUUGCUCUCGUUUGGGGUGGUGUAUGUAAGAUAAUGGAAAAGAAUGUAACGAAUGAACGAAAGACAGCUUGUACAAAAUCAAUGAACAACAGCGAAAGAAAAAGAGAGACAGAAAGGGAAUCUAACAGAGAUAAUCAGUUUGAACAACAGGUGCGUAUUGAGAAGUCUUUGCGCAACAUUUGCGGUAUAUUCCCUAUCAAUGGAUGCCCGUUGCCGUUAGAUAACUACUAUUGCCUGCGAAAAAGUCGCCUUUUGGUUCACCACACCUUAUCUACGCGCAACGUGACGCUAUGUUUGCCUAGAGUUUGCCGGAAGGUGAAUAGUUCCACUGGGAUCUUCCUUCUCGAACCGAGGGCACAAUUCAGUAAGUGCGAGCGUACGUGUGCGUUUUUGAGCAUUAUGUAAAAGGUAUUAGACACUAAGCUUGGUAACUUUAAGACUUAGUACAUUUUUGUUUCGUUGCUGUUUGCUAGUGUGAGUGUGUUUUAUUUUUUCAGAUAGCACAAGUUGAUACACACUUACGCAAACAUUAAACAAACACACCCACUCAGUCCCUAGCAUGGGAUACACAUAUUGUAAAGUACUUUGAACAAGAUAUAUUUGAAUCGCCAAACACUUGGCCGACGUGCGAUAUGAUGCAAAACGAGAACGUCACAACACACCGAUCACAAACUGAACAGGUUCGGGAAUCCAAGGGAUGCAGAACACUACCAUCGAAUUGGGAUUUUCUCCAGAAAAUCAUCAUCCUCUUUCAUCGUCGUGAUGUUAUCCUUGGAGAUUGGCAUGUGCACUAGGCUGUGAGUGCUGGUCACACUGCUCGCGCACACACGGUUCCGACGAAGAGUGAUAUUAAACAUUACGUCGCGAAAUUGACGAAUGUACGAAACUUUAAACUAAUUUUCAUACGCAAGGAAAUACAUAUGAGCGAGAGAAAGUAAACAGGGCGGUGGUGAUAUCAGCUGCAAUAGCGGCAGUAAAUAUGCAUAAAACAAGAAAGAUUCCUCGUCCGGAUAAUAGCACGUUGAUCAGUCUUUCCAAGUGAUCGAAUGGAGCUCCGGGGGGGCGGGAUGUUGAUGAUCGAUUCCGUAGAAACUGCUCAUUUAAACGGAUUUGAAGCAGCUUGCCACCAGGAGCUGGCGGGUACAGGACAAAAAGCAACAAUGACUAAAAACGGUUCGCACAGAAGUGUGUCCGUUCUCUUAGGAAAUAAUACAGAAAAACUAGUGCCGAUCUUCAUUGAACCGCUUUCCUGACAACAGCAUACUGCUGCCACCUUCCGUUCUGCAAUAAACCUAUUUAGAUAACGUUCCGCGGGAGCACACGAUUGGCUACGAGCGACAAUCGUUCAGCAAUUAAAAGAAGAGACCGUUGCAAAGAGGCGCGUUGCGCAAUUGUCAACGAUCGAUGUGUAAAACCUAAGCUAAGAGGUCAUUUUAGUUUUUACGUUAACCGUAGCGACUCAGCGCGCCUAAACUCUCCACCCAACCGCGUGUGUGCGUGUGUAUGCUACACGCAUGUUUUAAGGCGAGAAAACAUAAAAAUUGGUAACGGCAACUCCCGAUGAUGGGGAGGAGAACCGUUUAGCCCUUCGAACACAGAACUGAUGAUAAUAAUUCUGAUACUGACACACACACACUACUCGUUCAGAGCGAUGAAGGCCCUGACAUUAUAACAAACACAACACAUACAACACAUAAACACGAUCCAAAUAUGCGUAGCAAAUCUGGGUGGAUAUACAAAAUUGGACAGACAUAACACGAAAAAUAAGUCGACGGCGCAGAGCACGUUUAAUGUGCACCAGGAGCGUAUAAUAAGAUGAAAGUUAUAGAACAUAGAAAACAUAUUGAGGAGAGAGAAGUGCGAAGGGCUGAAGAUUAGCAACAUAAAUAAAACAAAAUGGGAUUCUGAGCAUAAAUGAUGAUAAGGAUGAUGAUUUGAA